AUGUCUCGAAGGAAGCCUUACGCUCAAAUUAUAGACGGCGUCCCGCGCAGUCCCAACUUUGACCCGGAUCUCUUGAGAGCAGCCCUGGAGUUCCGCGCCCAGAAAGGCGACCUGGUUCUCUCCACGUACCCCAAGAGUGGUACGCACUGGAUGAUGUACAUCAUACAGUCGAUUCUAAAAGAAGGUGAACCAGUCAGCGGUUUUGAUGAGUUCAUGCACAACAUGCGCGUUCUAGGGGUCGUCGAGUUCGACGCCUGGAAACCUAGUCUUCCACUACGCUUGUUUGCCACCCACCUGCCAUUAAGCACCACUGCCAUGAACAAUGACGCCAAGUACGUCUACGUAGCGAGGAACCCGUGGGACUUGUGCGUCUCUUCCUACCACAUGAUCACUACCUUCGACGUUUAUCGCUUCCGGGAUGGAACCUUCGAGGAGCUGUUCGACGCGUUUCUGGAGGGUGACUGCGCUGGCCAGGGAAGCUACUUCGAUCACAUUGCGUCCGCUUAUGCCCUGAGGAACCAGCCCAACCUUUUCUUUGUAACCUACGAGGAACUCAAGACGGAUACUCGAGGUGUGAUACUGAGACUGGCUCGGUUUCUGGGCGAUGAUUACGGCGAUAAGCUGGAAAAGCAGGAAGCACUGCUUCAGGACAUUGCGGAUCGGUGCGCGAGCGACAACAUGAAGCGCAUCCUUGCACCUAAAACCCAAGAUUUGGCCGACCGUGAUUGGAACAACGCAACCUUGCGAAUUUUCGCAGCCAACAACAGAGUUAUUGUGGAGGACUUCAAUCAGUUCAGCUACGUCAGGAAGGGUGAGGUUGGUGGCUGGCAGCGGUAUUUUACUCGAGAUCAACUGAAACGCUUAGAAGCUAGGAUAAAGCAGCUUGAAGAGCAUUCACGCGUAAUGGAUCUUUGGAUGGACACUCGAGCAGCUGCCCUCAAGAUUAUUGCCAAUGAAUGA